ACAUCCGAAGCUUGAGGUUUCCACUUGAACACGGCAACAAUUGACCCGAAGACAAGCUUGGGCUUAUGAUCGACAAGCGCCAGUUUGGAGAAACCCUGGCUGAGUGCUAAUGUUGCUCAGUUGUUGCGCAUAACAUCAUCAACCGGAUUGCGAUUGACCCUCGCGAGCUGCAGACUGCCGGCAAGGCGACCUGACUCUCUGUCCACGUCCGGCCCUGCCACCCCAGGGAGCCGAUCCACGAACCAAGCCGACGUAUCCGACCGCCGCAAUGAACGCCAACGCGCACAUCACCGACCCCGCCCUGGCCUCCGUGCUCGAGACGUCCCGCACAGCGCGAGAGCAGGCGCAGGCGCUGGUCGACCUGAUCGCGCAUGCCACGACCGCCAACGCCGGCGGCCCCCUCGCCGCGGAUGCCCUGAUCGAGAUCUCGAAACAGCAGAAAUUGUUGAAUACCAACCUGGCUCACUUGCGCGGGUUGCACCGCGCGGCCCACUUCCGCGCGCGGGAAACCAAGAGCCUGACGGCCGAGGCCCGACACGAGGUAGACGUGCUGCACCUCCAGCUGCAGAACCUGUACUAUGAACAACGGCACCUGGAAGGGGAGAUUGCCGCUUGUGAGGGAUUCGAUCACACGUACCAGCUCCUCCCGCUCAUCCCGGUGGAAGAGUUCCUCGAGAAACACCCCGAGCUUGCCGAUGCCGACGAGAACGCGCUAAUGGUGGCCCGUAUCAACCAUGAGCGGGCGGAGCGCGAGGCGCUGGAGCAACAGCGGCUGGAACUCCAGAAGCGCAAGCAGAAGCUCAUCGCCGAGAACAAGAAGCGCAGGGACGACUUGGCCAACUUGGACAAGGAUCUGGAAAAGUUUAUUGACGCUGCCAAACCUAUCCAGAAGAUGUUUGAGAAGGUGGUUUGAAACCACUCUCUAGCUGGAGACUUGUCCGUCAGAGCUUGGCUCGUGAAUGCGGCUUGGAGAGCUGCCACAUGAGCCCAUUUCUCGAGACAUAAGCCGCCGGCAUUGUCAAAGGCGAGGGCCGUCUGGUCUUGGCUCCGAGAUCGACACUGUCUCGCCAUUAGGGGGAAAUUCUGGGGAAGGAUUGAAGACGACUUGCGCCCAACAGGGCGAGACCGAAG